AUGGAAUUAUGUAGCACUUUAGGUAUAUCAAGGUCUAGAUUGAAGAAGGACUAUGAUGACUUUAAAAGACAUCCAGACCAUGAUAAAUUUACCAGAGAAUUGUGGAGUAAUGAUGAAAGUGAAGUUGAUUCUGGCAAAGAUUCUUUUGCAGUAGUAUGCAGUAAAUCUUCAGAGUCUGCAAAACAUGUGGAAGUUCCCAAAAAAGAUCAUCCAGACAAUGAUGAAAUGAAGCUGUUAGAGAUGAAUUUACCUGCAGGAAAAAACAGAGUUCUGAAAAAAGAAUCAACUUCUAAAGAAAUACAGAAAACGCUAGCCAAAUGUGUUAAACGACAGUCCAAGCAAAAUAGUUGUCUCGAUCAAAGCACUAAUGAGCUUUCACCAAGGAAGAAGGCUAAGCUGAGCACUAAUGAAGCUGUGGUCCAGAGUUCAGAAAGCAGAUUACAGCCAGAUAGUUGUUUGACUGAACUGAAACAGCUUGAAGGGUCAGCUCUAGAACUGUUUUCCUUGACAGAUCCUGCAAUGUCAUCGGUAUCAAAUUUUCUGAAAGGGACCAAACCCAUCCAGGCCUUGCUUGCCAAGAAUACUGGGAACAAAGUGACCUUAACAAGUCAACUGUCACCUCCCCUAGGCAUAAAUGUAUCUGCUUCUGAAAAGCCAGUUUUACCACCUUUGGAAUCGUCACUGAUAAAACCAGCAUUGCCCUGCCAGACCAGUUCAAAGACUCCUUUACAAAUGAUAUACAAAAUGCCAAAUGGCCACUGUGUACCAAUAGACAUUCAUAACAGUUCUGUGAAAAUUCAAAUGCAACCUGUUAUUGAACCUAAAACAGGAGAAAAAGUCAUGCAGCAGGUUCUUAUUUUACCUAAGAAUUUUCUUACUCAGCAGAAGGAAGGAAAAAUUGUGUACAAGGACAUUCACUCACUACAAGAAAAAUCAUCUGAGCUGCACUGUACAACUUCACCAGAAAUACCUAAAGUCAGUGUUUCUUUAACACCUGGUUUGGUAACAGGCCCUACAAAUGCUACUACUCAGUCACCUAGUACAGUUUUUAACAAGAAUGUUACCCACCUGUCACAAGUGACUGUUUCCAUGAACACUACACAACCAUUGCCUGCUGUAACUUCAGCAGGUGACUUAUUAUCAUCAACAGUUAAGGUGAGCCAAGCUGAAACUGGCAAAAUCAAGACAACAGUUUCAAUUACUACCUUCCCUGUGUCUUUGACUUCACCUACUCUUUCCACACCUAGCCAGUCUUUGAUAUCAGCAACAGCACUAAGUGGCUCUACAAACACUGCCUCUGCCUGUUAUAGUCUUGCAUCACAGCAGACAACUGACCCCUUUGAAACUAGGCAAGAGCUGAAGACUAUGUGUAUAAGAGAAUCACAGUCUAUUCUGGUCACAACACGAGGUGGAAACACAGGAAUUGUUACAGUGCGAACAAACCUAGACCAGAUUUCACCUAGUAGUUUAUCUUCUAGUUCAGUUUUCACUUACACACCUCAACUUCAGGCCUUUCUUGUGCCAAAACCCACAGUGUUAUCAUGCUCUACUCUUCCGUCUGUAGUAACAGCCACAUCUGGUCUCCUACAUGUUGGACAAUCAUCUCUUUCUGGAUUUGCCCCCUCAACAGCUGCUUCUGUUAGCAUUCCAGCUUUCUCAGCUGAUUUUGCCCAGGCAGUGGAAAAAAAUACCAAAUUCACAUUGCAGCAGCCUACUGUUGGGGGCACUUUGGGUCAAGUAGUAGAGAACUCCUGCUAUGGGUCUUCUUCUUUGUCCUCCAUUUCAUUAGCUAGUAAUUUGAUAUCAGCAACUACAAACAGUCCUGUUAGUGUGACUAGCAUUGGACAAAAUAACACUGUCAUAACUCCAAAUUCUUCUGUGCAGCAACAAGGUGAUACUAAAACUAAAACAAAUCCUGUUGUACAAUCUGAGUCUAAUUCAGCAGCAAAUGGAGAUUUAAUCAGUGGUACUCCAGUCCAGAAACUUACAUUAGUCACAAAUCCACCUAUUUUAUCACCCUGUGGAGCAUCAGGAGUCAGUAUUAUACCCUCUCCAGCAUCCACUGGUGUUAAUGCUCCGAAGCUGGUUUUCAUUAACACACAAAUUGCCAAUGGCCCAUCAACUGCCACUCUAGUUGCAGAGUCAUUGAAACAUAACCUUCCUUCUUCUCUAAGCAAAACCUUUGUUAGUACCAGAGAGCAACCACAGUUGGUUCUGAUUCCAUCUACUGUGGGAGCACCAAUAAGAAUAAAUUCAUCUCCAACAAUUGCUCAAGUAAAAGAUGUGAAAAUUGGACUAAAUAUAGGUCAAACCAUUGUAAAUACUAAAGGCAAUGCACAACAGGCUCCACCAGUUAAUAUAUUGCACUCUGCGAUUUCUAAAGGAGAAGACAAAAAGAGCAUGGGCUUGGCCCUUUCUUUGACAAGUAGUAGUACUUUGGUUCCAGUUCCAAGUUUUGUGAGUCGAAGUGGUGUGUCAGUUAAUGAACCUGUAUAUGUUGCAACAAAAGCUGAAAAUGCCUUUACAAUAACAACAACAAAUGCAUGUGUAGAAUCGGUUUCAGUAACAUCAAGUGGGAUUUCUUCUGGGACACGGCCCACUGUCUUGAUUGGUGGAAAUGAUUUCUCAAGAAUAAGGCCAGUUCUGGGUAAUCGACUGUGUGCAUCAAAUACUGGAAGUUCUGUGGGUUUAUCAACUGUGAAAACAGGACAUCUUGCUUCAUCUGUGCUGAUUUCAACAACCCAGUCGUCAGUAUCUCCUCAAAACUUAGCAUCUGCUUUGCAAUUCCCAGUCAUUAGCUUGCCUGGAUCUGUAGCCACCCCCCACAAAGUGUUACAUACGGUUCCUCAGUUGGCAGCAGUUCCAGCUCCUUCUCCAGUACCAAAAAGCCAGUUGCCCACACUGCUUCAGUUUCAGUCAUCAGGAAUUUCAGCUGCUAUGCCAAGUAAUGCAGGUGUUCACAAACCUCAGAGUGUGUUGCCCCCUCCAUCCCCAAAUACAGGUAAAGUCCUUAGUUUUCCCAGUUUUUCUUCCCUACAAUGCCAGCAGGUGCCUCCCAGUACAGAGAAACAAAGUCAUGCUUACACGUGUGCUUCUGCUGUUCAGAUGUCUGCAGCUUCAUCGACUGUAUCAAGCAAGGCCGGAGGUCAGUUGAAUGAACCUCACAUUCAGCAGAAAAUAGUUAUUAACACUUGUAUGCCUUUGGCACCUGGAACUCAGAUAAUGAUUAAUAGUACUCGUUUUGUUGUGCCACCACAAGGCCUUGGAGCUGGCAGCCAUGUUCUUCUUCUCUCAUGUAAUACAAAACAGACUCCUCCUUUAACUAUUAACCAUGGUCAAGAGGCUCCAGGUGUACCAGCUGUUAAUCCAGUAACCUCGAAAAUUGUGCUAGCACCAAGUAACUCAUUUAGUUGGCAGAUAUCAAAACAUCCUUUGAAAAGCUCUACAAAAAUUGUGAACUGUUUUGGGUCUGUGGAUGCUUUGCCCAUCGUACAUGCAACACCCCAGAUGUUUAGUACUCCAGCUAGUUCAUGUACUCCACUGUCUGCAGCAACAUUUUCUGUGUCUUCAGUGAUAAAACCUCCUGUUAAUGUAGCUACGUCUUCUGUGGUUUCUGCUACUCACCCGAAUUCUCAUUUACCAAACAACACUUCAGUGUUUCAGUUAGACACUUCUAUCAAAAAGCUGUUGGUCAGUCCAGAGGGAGCUAUUUUGAAUGCUCUAAAUACUCCAGCAUCAAAAGUUUCUUCCCUGUCUUCAUCACUGCCUCCUGUUGUUGUGCCCUCAAGCAGAAAUCCUACCACUGUCUUCCCUGAAUCUCAGUCAUCUUGCCUUGAUAAACCUGACAAAGCUGCAUCCUGAAUUUACCACAAAUGAGCCACUUUCUGAAGUUUUUGGGGAUUCUUCUGAUUUUGGAAGUUGUAAAAAUUGAAUAAUUUCUUACAUUGUUAGAAACAAUUGAUUCACUCAGAAUUACUUAAGAUUACAGUCCUGUUUACCUGUGGGGUUUAAAUUUAUUUAGUUUGUCAGAGAAAUGUUUUCAGAGAGUUCUUUAGUAAAAAGGUCAGAAAUGACUAGUGAGUUCAUUAAACAUUUUAGUUUGCAGAAAUCUAGCCUUUUGCACAUGUUCCAUCUUACAGUAUGGACUGUUUGCCAGUGUGUUUAUGACAGUAUAUAGUUCCUUUUUAUUUGUCAAAGUUAUUUUUGAUUUGUUUCUGUAAAAAAAAAUAUUUAUGCAUUGUAAAAAUGCAGUCUGUGGUAUAGAAUUGUACAUAUUCAUUAAUUCCUAACAAUCUGUACCAAACUAUAUGUACAAAGAACUAUGCUGUCUUAUUUAUGUUUUGUUUACAUAAUGUAUAGUUUUUUAAGUAUUUUAGUAUCUUUGGACCAUUGUACUGUUUAGCAACAAUGCAGAAGAAUCUGCAUAUAAU